CGCACGCUUCUGUUGUCCAGGAGUGCGGGUCUGGUCUUCAGUUACCCGCGGCUCCGGCCUGGCCUCCUGUAUUUAAGCGGCGUGGGAGGCGCCACCGCACCAGUACAGUACCAGCUGCGCCGCGAAAGCCGAGCGGAACAAACUGCCAAAAGGGAAAGCGAACGGGAGAGCUGUCACAGCCCGCGGGGGGCAGCGUCGAGAGGGAAUCGCCGGGGAUGGGCGGCGCUCCGCGACGACCGGCGGCGACGGCGUACGUGCCUUCCGCGCUGCUCCUGCUCGCCGUGCUCUUUGUUGGCCGGGCGGCGGCGCUCGGCGACUGCCCGACGGCGCUGCACAGGCACGCGGCGUUCUUCGACCGCGACGGCGACGGCGUCGUCACCCUAUCGGAGACGUACGGCGCGUUCCGGGCUCUCGGAUUUGGAUUCGGCGUGUCCACCUUCAGCGCGGCCUUUAUCAAUGGCGCCCUCGGCAGCAAGUGCAGACCUGAAAAUGCAACGUCAUCAAAUUUGGACAUCUACAUAGAGAACAUUCAGAAAGGAAAACAUGGAAGUGAUACUGGCUCGUAUGACACUGAAGGAAGGUUCGUUCCAGAGAAGUUCGAAGAGAUAUUCGCCAAGCACGCCAAGACCGUCCCUGACGCCCUGACAUCGGACGAGGUCGACCAGCUGCUCCAAGCGAACAGACAGCCCGGGGACUACAAAGGAUGGGCUGGCGCAGAAGCGGAGUGGAGGAUCCUGUACAGCCUCGGCAAGGACAAGGACGGCCUGCUCCACAAGGACGUCGUGAGGAGCGUCUACGACGGGAGCCUCUUCCACAGGCUCGCGCCCAACUGGAGUUCUCCGGACAAGGAGAAGCAGCUGGAAUGCUGAGCCGGGAGGAGAGGAGCAUGCCGUCUGCGUUCUCUCGCGUUACCUGUCGGUACAAGCAAGAGUCCGGUUAAGAUAAGGGCUGGGGACUCUGAAUACGCUGUCAAGCAACAUGUAGUAGCGGUGUGAACGGGUGUGAACACUCUGUUGCAGAUUGAAAGGAAGUGUGGACAGAAUCUGCUGAUAGGACGACGGAUGGUUACGUGUGGUCUGUCUGUAUCUUGUGACGAGUACGAUGGUUGUGUUUCUGUACAUGCAAGUUGGCUGACAGUGGAUUUGCAUACAGUAGUACUUGGCGUUUCUUGCCCGUGAGGC